AUGCCUGUCGCACUCCCACAAGCACUGCGGCCGUUCUUGACCAUGUCGUACCCCAUCGACGGGUUUGAGAACGGCUUGCCAGCAACAAUGUACGAAAAGGGCUACGACGAUGUCCUCUUCGUCGUGACUGCCGCCAUCAUCCUCACAGUCGCGCGCCACAUCGUCAUGGAGUACAUCCUGUCACCAUUUGCACGCGCAUACAUUCCCCGAGCCAAGUUGAACCACGCGUACGACGACCCAGCAAUGCGCAAGCGACACCUGCGCGCCCAUGACCGCAAGCACGAACACGCCGCAGCACGAUUCGCCGAGCAGGGAUGGAGCAUGCUCUACUUUGCCAUGGCGGAGGCACUCGGACUGGUCAUCCUCUACCGCAUCCCGAACAGGACUUCUCCCCAGGAGCUGUGGGGUACCUACCCGUACCACCCUCUCCCAUGGCUCACAAAGUUCUACUAUCUGGGCCAGCUUGGAUGGUGGUUCCACCAGGUCUACGUGAUCAACAUGGAGAAGCGCCGCAAGGACCACUGGCAGAUGUGCUUCCACCACUUUGUCUCCAUCAUCCUGGUCAUGAUGUCGUACGUUGGCAACUAUACCCGUGUCGGCACCCUCAUCCACACUUUGAUGGACGUCUGCGACAUUCUCCUUCCCCUCGCCAAGCUCCUGCGCUACCUCGAGUUCAAGACAGCCUGUGACGCGACGUUUGUCCUCUUCCUCCUCUCGUGGCUCGGCACACGCCAGAUCGCCUUCGCCUGCCUGGUGUACCAGACCGGCGUCAGCGGACCGCCCGUGUACAUCCGGUACGAGUGGAACCACCAGACCGGCCACUACUUCAACCCGUUCAUGUACUGGACGUUCACCAUCCUCCUGUCGAUCCUCCUCGUCCUGUGCUCUCUGUGGUUCUGGAUGGCCCUCCGUGUGGCCAUCCGAGUGGUCCGCGGCGAGGGUGCCGAGGACUCGCGCUCCGACAGCGAGGACAUGGCAGAAGAGUCCGAGGCCGAGGCCGAGAACGUCCACGACGAGGAGACCGAGCUCGUCGACGACAGCGAGGACACUGAGGACUCGGACGACGUGACCAACAAGAACGAGUACCGGACGACAAAGACAAACGGUGUCGCCAACGCGACAACGUCGGCAGUGCACACCACAGCCAUUAACGGACACGCCCAGGGCCUCAAGCGCCGCACCUAG